AUGAGGAACCCGCCGCGGAAGAGCGGAAAAGUUUCCAGGGUGCCGGAGACCGAGAGACUUCCGCCGGGAGACGACGUAGAGUUUAUCGACGACGGCGGAGGCGGUAACAAUAGGCAAUCGCACGACGAUCGGCCGCCGAGAGGUCACCAACAGAAUAAGAGAAUGAAUAGGAACAAGCCCAAGAGUGACAGGAAGUUGCCGGCACGCGACGACGAUUACAUUAAUGACGGUGGCGGCGGAGGAGGUGACGCGGAGCCGGUAGGGUCUUCGAAUACGGGUGACGUGCGUGAGGGAGCGUCCGCCAAAAAACCACGCCGGGAAGAGGUCGGACGAAAAAACAAGCACCACGUCGUGGCCAGUGGGGAAGGGCCGGUCAAGCACAAGAUACACAAGAAAAAUGAGUACUCCAAGAAGCAGCAGUUCUUCGACGAGGAACACGUGGACCACGGAAAGAAGAAACCCGCUAAGAACAAGUCAAAUCACGGCGGCGGUCACAAGAACAACGGCCAAGAACUUCGAAAGCAGAGUAAGAAGAAGAAGCGACAGCAGCAGCAGCCUCAGCAACAGCAGCAGCGAUCCACCCAAAAACCAAUCAGACGGACGACGAAAAGGGAGCAAAAGGACGACCGAGGUACGAGUCGGGUCGUGUCGCAAGGAUACGGUCAGGUGGUGGCCGUGCGCUAA